AUUUAAUAUUCAAACAUUACCUCAUCUAAACCUAGGAAAGAAAUGAUUCCAUUAUAAGUCAAAUUACUCAUUUAAUAUCUUAGAACUUCAACCAUCGUUAGUCAGCUUCUGCUUUGUAUAGAUAAUAUGAAUCCAGAAAACAAUCUCCAGUCACCCAUGUUGUUGUUACGCAUAAUCCAAGAAGAAGUCACUAAUUCGAUGGUAGAUCCAAUUCGCCAUCCAAAAUAUUAACUACUUCCCAUGUCUACCCCAAAAUCAUACAAGCCACAGAGUUGAAAACUAGAAUACCUACUUAAGUAAACCUUUCGCUUAUUUUAAAGGGCUAGAGUUUCCCCAUUUAAGAAGCCAUUAAAAUCUACUCAUCGAAGCAAACUCCAGAUUCCCAAUAUCAUUCAAACAAGGUCUCUUCUUUUCUUCAGGAGAGACUUAAUGAAAAAUCAAAUUACACCAAAACCACAACAGGAGAGAGUCAAGAAGAGGAGAGAUCCUCUAAACACAGUAUUCUAUUUUGAUUAUGUUAGAACCAUCAAUCAUUUAUUAAAAACAACUUCUUGACAAAGAUUUGUAAAUCAUGCAAUUAUAGAAAGAAAUUAAAUAAAUUAAAGAGUCCAAUGUAAUUAAUUUAACUAUAAAAAAUUAGAAAAAGCAUCAAAACAUGGAAAAAGAAUAUGAUAAACUGCUAUAAGAAAAUCAAAAAUUGAAAUAAUAAAUCUAAUUAUAACAAAUUCAAAUUACUCAACUCACUCAUUAACAAUCUUUGAUAUCUCCAGGUAGACCAUCAGAAUAUGUUAGUGCAUUGAGCGAACAAGAUAAAUUAAAAAUAAAGACUCUACUAGAAUGUGAAUGA